AUAGUUGGCGUCGUGUGAACGAUUUUAAUGGUGACAAUGAUUUGUUUUGUAUAAAUUUCUGAAUCGAUUCAUGAAUACCUUGCUUUUUCUAUCCUUACUAUGUUUUUGUUUCGGUGCCAAGUUGUCAAUUGUUAGUGCACUAACAUAUUACAUUAAUAUGUUCAGAAUGUUGCAGCAUCUAAACGUUUUCGUUGACAGUUACAACUUGUUAAUUUAAUUUGAAAUGGAAUGUACAUUUUUAGUUUGAUUAAAAGUUACUUUGGGUAAUCAACAUAACAUUAAAACGAAGUUGAAAAUGGAUCCAAAAAGGAAUGUGAUGCAUGCCCAAAAUAGGCGAUUCCAGGAAGCCUGUGAGAUAAUGAAGAAAAAUGCUGCUAAAUUUCUAGAAAAUGAACUGUCCUCUGAAUCAUCAUCUGAAGAUGAAAUUGAUGAUUUACAAAUAUUGAAAAAAACAUUCUCAAAUUAUACUGAGGAUGAAAAUUCAAAUUUGAGAAAAAUUACUGAAUAUCUCCAAGACGUUUUAACUUCUGGGGCUGUUGUAUGCUUGAUAUGCAUUGAAUCAGUAAAAAGAAAUGACAAGAUUUGGUCUUGCGAAUUCUGUUAUUGUGUUCUUCAUCUUACUUGCAUUCAGAAAUGGGCCAAGGAUAGUAUGUAUCAUUUGUCUGCUAACUUGAAUGAAGAUAAAAAAGAUUCUCUUAAGUGGUGUUGUCCCAAGUGUCGAUUUGAUUAUGAACCUUCAAAACAACCAUCUAAAUAUUUCUGCUUUUGUGGAAAAGUAGAAAAUCCUGUAUACGAUUCUUGGAAUGUGCCUCAUUCAUGUGGGAAAACUUGUGAUAAAAAACUGAAACCAGAAUGUGGGCAUACUUGCUGCCUGUUGUGUCAUCCAGGUCCCUGUCCUCCAUGUCCUAAAACAGUACUUGUGUCUUGCUGCUGUUCCAAAAGUGCAAAGGUAUCACGAAGAUGUAGUGCCAAAGAAUGGCUUUGUGGAAAGAAAUGUGAAAAGUUGUUAUGUUGUAAAAUACAUCGUUGUGAGGUGCCUUGCCAUAAAGGUCCAUGCCCACCAUGCAACCGACAGAGUAAGCAAAAAUGUCAGUGCGGCAUUAAUACCUCAUUGAGACCUUGUUACAGUCCUAAGUGGCAAUGUAAUAAAGUAUGUUCGAAACCCCUUGAUUGUGGAAAACAUAAUUGCGAAAAUAUUUGUCACGAAGGUGCUUGCCCUGGCUGUCCUAAUUCUGGACCAAGAUCAUGUCCAUGUGGAAAGAAGGUGGUUGUGCUUCCUUGCACUGAGGAUGUUCCAACAUGUGGAGAUACUUGCAAUAAGUUACUUGAAUGUGAAUUGCAUAGAUGUUGUGAACGAUGCCACCAUGGAUCAUGUGGGAAAUGCCUUCAAUUGCGAAUAAUGAAAUGUAGAUGUGGCCAACGUGAAAAAUCUAUGCCUUGCUGCAAAGAGUUUUUGUGUGACAUCAAAUGUAAAAGACGGCGUGAUUGUGGUAGACACAAUUGCAAUAGAAAGUGUUGUUUGGGUAAUUGUCCUCCUUGUGAAGUACCGUGUGGUAGAACACUCAAUUGUGGACAUCACAAAUGUCCAAGUUUGUGUCAUCCAGGUCCUUGUUACCCAUGUCGAGAAGUGGUAAAUAUUACCUGCAACUGUGGAUCUACUAAGAUAUCUGUCCCAUGUGGUAGGAAAAAAUCAGCUGUUCCACCGCGGUGUUCUUCAGAUUGCAAACUGCCUUCUGAUUGUCAUCAUCCAGAAAGGCAAAAGCAUAAAUGUCAUUUUGGAUCAUGUCCACCGUGCCGGCUAACUUGUGGUAAAACUUUAAAUUGUGGCCAUACGUGUUCCUUUAAGUGUCACUCUGCUGUACUUACUAGAAUUGAAACCAAACAGAAAAAAGAAGGACCCUGGGAUUUAAGAAAUUCAUAUCGAAUGGAAUUAGUUUCCAAGCCUUGCCCUCCUUGCCCAGUUCCUGUUCCAGUUACAUGUUUGGGAGGGCAUGAGAUUCAAAAUCUUCCUUGUAGCGGUGCUCAGACAACUUCAUGUGGCAGAAUGUGCGGACGGCCUUUGUCUUGUGGGAAUCAUACAUGUUCUUUAGAGUGUCAUAGUGUCGAUAAUAUUAAUGAUUUGACUAAGCCAAGUGAUAAAUGUGAAACCUGUGAAGAAUCUUGCCAAAGCCCUCCGAAACCAGGAUGUACUCAUCCAUGUCCUCUACCCUGUCAUCCUGGAAAGUGUAAACCUUGUAAGCAGCAUAUUAAGUUGAAAUGCCAUUGCCAGAUUAACACAAUGUAUAUACUUUGUGAGGAAUGGACGUCUGCCGAUGAAAAUAAAAAGGCUGAAUUAAUGUGCUGUUCUAAUAGGUGUCCAAAGGAGAUGGCAUGUGGUCAUCGUUGCAUUUUAUUAUGUCACUCAGGGUCAUGUUCGGAUCAAAAGUUAUGCAAAAAGAAAGUAGUACUUAGAUGUCCCUGUAAAAGGAAAAAGAAGGACAUGCAGUGUGCUACCUUAUUACAAAAUAAUAUUAGUCUCCCAUGUGAUGCAGAAUGUAUAAAAUAUCAGGAAUCCUUGAAAGCUUUAGAAAAUGAAAAGAUUUCUAAAAAGGAAGCUGAAAAUAAGAAAAUUCAAGAAAAAGAAUUAGAAGAAUUUUUGAAGAAAACAGAAGGAAAAAAGAAGAAAAGAAAGAAAAAUAUAGAAGAUGACCAGAAUUACCAUCAAAGCAAGAUUGUUGUACUAGGAUCUUCAGUUGCCAUUUUGUGUGUAAUUUUAUCUCUAAUAUAUUAUUUCAUAAGUUUAAAAUAAAUUAUAAAUAAAGUUUAUUUACUUGAUGAA